CCGAUGAAAACCGGUGAAAUCCAAACUUUCUUGACCAGGUCAGAAAGCUACAAACUACUCGGUCUUUUGGUCAAGUUUAAAAUUUUCAAACUAAAUUUAAAUUUUUGUCAAGAUUUAUCUAUAUUUUAUCGGUUUAUAAAUGGUUUUAAUCGGAUAGUGAAUCACUCGGCAUCUAUAAUACUCCUACAGUAGUAUAAUGAGUGAGCUACUACUAGUUGUGUAUGGGCACCAACACCUUGUCAUUGGCACUUUGCCUCCUGAGUAGGGCCCAUUGGUUCUUUGAUAGCCUCUCCUCCAAGGCCAAAAAAUUUUCUGACCCAGUGUCAAGGUCAGGGAGAGCUGCUCCCUUGCUGGCCUUGAGAUGUUUGCAUUGGUUUUUUCCCUUUCCCUUUCUCUUUGGUGGUCAUUAGGCCUACCUGAUACUACUUGUAGUGAGUGAGUGAUAAGUUGAUAACACUUCUCCCUGCCCCAAUUGUUUCCUUGUUCCUAGUAGAAGUAGAAGCUGGAAGCUGGUCUCUUUGGGUUUUGGAAGGCUUCAUCUUUCCAUUUUAGGUCCUGCAAGUGUGCUCAACAACUCAAGCUUCACUGUCUUCUUGGUUUCUACCUCUGGUAUCAGCUCCUUUUGUUCAUCUUUGUGAUGCAUUGUGUUAUUCACCAUGCAUCAGUUCAUCUGGUAUUUUAUGAAUUUAUCAAAUGAGAACAGAAAAAGAAAAGAUUCUUGUUUUAAAAGUUGGAAGAUCAGUUGUAUGUUAGUUGCAAGAUUGAAUCUCUUUUUGUUCCAAUGGAACAAUUCUGUGAGGAUCUAUUUGUGGCUUGUACUGUUGAUUCUUUUGCUACUGUGAAGGUAAAAACUAAAAGUGGUAGUAGAUGAAAAGAUCAAAAACUUUGAUUUCAAGGGUACACCUAGUACAAGCCUGAUUUGUCAAAAGAACAACAAAAAUCUCGUGAAGAACAGUGUGUCUGAAUGUCUGAUGCGUGUGUGCUGCUGCUGUUCUUCUUCUUCUUCUCAGCUCGGUGCGGUGGACGCCGCCAUGAACGGCGGCUACUUCAUGGCGGCGAGCGGCAAUGGCGCCGACGUGCCGCUGUUCCAUCCGGCCAUGGCGCCGCCGCAUGAUCACGGCGGGAGCUUCGGCUACGGCGACGCGGCGGCGGCGGCGAUGGACGUCGGCGCGCACUUCGCGGCGGCGAACAACCUCGUGCUCGCGUCCCUGGCGACCCAGCUGUUCGGCGCCGCGCCGGCGGCGGCGGCGCACGGGCAUGGCGACUACCUCGGCGCGACGACGCCGCCGGAGGAGGAGAUGGGGGGCGGGUACGACGUCGCCGUCGGCGACAGCUCCGGCGGCGCGGUGAGCCUCGCGUGCCUCGGCCACGGCCAGCCGGGCGACAUGGCGGCGGGGUGGUGCUCGACGUCGGCGAGGAAGCCGAGCUGCAACUGGAGCAGCAGCAACGCCGGUGUGCACGGUGGUUCGUAUUACCUCGCCGGGGUGCCGGAGGCUGCCGGCUUCGUGUCCGCGGCGGCGGCGGCGAGCGAGCUGUCGCUGAGCCUGUGCUCCAAGUCGUCCUCGGACAGCAUGCUCAACGCCGGCGGCGACCAGUGCUCGUCGGCGGCGAGCCGUUCCGGGCUGACGCAGAUGAGCAGGGUGGUGGUGGUGGAGCCCGAGCCGCCGCUCGUACCGUACUACCCGGCGGCGAACUUCGCCGUGGUGGUGGCGCGGUCCCGAUACGCCGCGGUGGCGCAGCAGGUGCUCAACGACGCCGUCGGCUGCGUGCUGGGCGGCGUCGCGGACGCCGCCGCCGACUCGGCCAGCGGCGUCGACAGCGGCAGCUCGAGGCCGUCGAGCUGCUCGGUGGCCGGCGGCGCGCCGUCGUCCGCCGUGAGCUCCAACAACCAGCUCAUCGCCUCCUCCGGCGAGCACACGCACGGCGGCGGCGACGCUUCGGCUCAGCGGCUCAGGAGCGAGCUCCUCACCAUGCUCCAGCUGAUGGAUCAGAAGUACAACCAAUGCCUCGACGAGAUCCAGAGCACGACGGCGAGGUUCAACACCCUGACGCACGCCACGGCGCGCGCCGCCGGGAUGAGCAGCAGCAGCAUCUGCGCGCCGUUCGCGCACCGCGCCGUGUCGGCAAUGUACCACGGCCUGAGGCGCCGCAUUGCCGGCGAGAUCAUGUCCGCCGCCGCCGCGGCCGGCAGGCCUUGCCGCGGCGGCGAGUCGUCGUCGGCGGUGACCGGCGGCGAGAGGGAGCGGAGCUGGGAGUCGGCGUUCAUCCAGAAGCACUGGGCGGUGCAGCAGCUGCGGCGCGGCGAGCAGCAGUGCUGGCGGCCGCAGCGCGGCCUCCCGGAGAAGUCCGUCGCCGUCCUCAAGGCCUGGAUGUUCGAGAACUUCCUCCGCCCGUAUCCGAAAGACAGCGAGAAGGAGAUGCUCGCAGCAAGGAGCGGCCUCAGCAGGAACCAGGUGUCGAAUUGGUUCAUAAACGCUCGAGUUCGGCUAUGGAAGCCAAUGAUCGAGGAGAUGUGCGAGGAGCUGAAGAGGAGCUCGGGUGGUGGUGCUGGAAAUCAAGCUCUAGCAAUGGAGCAUAUGAACAGCCAAGAUGUGGUCAGUUAACCAGUUAGAGCUUUGGCUUGGUUUGAUGGCGAUGUUAGCUGCGGAUUAAGAUCAAUCAAUGCCAUUGAUCUAUUUAUCGAUCACCAAUUGUAACUCAGUUUAAUUCGAUGGUUUCAGUAUAUAUAAAAGCUGCCGGUGCAGUGAUCGCAUUUCGCGGUAGAUCAUGAGCACCUCAUUGGGAGAUCGAUGCGAAUUGCUGAGUUUUCAGUUGAGUAGGCUGCAGUAAAAAAAUCAGUUAAAAAAUUUGGGAUUGAUUGUUGUUAGUACUACCUCAGUUCCAAAUUAUAAGGAUAUUUAGGCUAUUUAGUAAAUAGUUCUGAGGUUGGCAAUUUUUUUUUUUGAAUUGCGUACGUCUUAGGGGCUCAAGAUCCGCUCAUAUUUUCACAUUGUUGAUGUCCUAAGAUCCGCUCAUAUUUUCA